CCGGGCCAGGCUGCCACCACCGCGAAAUAGCGGCAACCCAAAGCAAAGCAACAAACCCAGGAGGCCAGGACAGAGGCCGCUCGCCCUUCUCUUUCCCACCUCACCUCCCACCCACCGCAACCGCAAAGGUUUUCUUCUCUUCUCUUCUCUUCUCUUCUCUCGUCAGCCAGGGAGGAGGUUUCCCGUCCCGUCUCCGCCCCCGCCAUGGCCACGUCGUUCGACCGCUGGGAGAAGGACCCCUUCUUCCUCGCCGCCGAGGAGGUCCAGGAGUCCGCCGAUCGGAUGGAAUCGGUGUAUAAGAUAUGGGUGCAGGAGAGGAGCGGCGGCGGCUCGGCCCUCGGCGGGGAGGUCGGCGCCGCCGAGCUGCGCCGCGAGCUGCACACCGCGCUCGGCACCGCCAAGUGGCAGCUUGAUGAAUUGGAGCGAGCAAUUAGAUCAAACGACGAGGUUGUCUCGGCAGGAAAGGAUACGAGAGCACUGCAUAGCAACUUUGUUGCGGCGAUUGGCUAUCGCAUAUUAGAGGUUGAGAACAACCUGAAUGCAUCCAAUGUCGCCGAGGGGAGGGGCACACUGAGCUGGAUUCAUUUGGACGAGAGUGAGCGGGACGACCUUGCGGCUUUCUUAUCUGCAACCCCUCCUCAACAUCAAGAUAAAGUUGUUACAAUCCCAUCUGCUGGCGAUAUUCAAGUGGGCAGCAACCCGACAAGGGUGAGGAAAAAUAUUUCAGCUGACAGCUCCAAUGAUUCAUCUGGCUCUGCAGACUUGAGUUCAGCGAGAGCAAAGGAAGAUGCACAUCGUGGGCACAGGAGGUCAGUCAGUGCCAGUGCUGAUAUUGGAUCGUCGCCUAUGUCAUUUCCAAAUGAACGAGAGGGUGCUGCUGAACAAUCAUCUCUUGGCCCACACAGAGCACCUUUGCUGAAUAUUGUCAAAGCGUGCGGAUUGCCGAGUGCCUUGAAACCUAAGCCUGCAGUUAAGUACAAAAAAGGAGCUGUGAGGUGGGCACAUGCAGACAAACAGGAUCUUGAAGCGGCAAUCCCUCUCACAAAUCCUCAGUUGGGUCAGGGCUUAGAUGGAUACUCUGAAAGAAGCAUCGGUUACUUAAAUACUUGCGAUGGGGUUACAUACAAUAAGAAACUCUAUGGUUGGCUUGGAGCACUGCGUAAGAAACUUCAGAGAUCACAAUAUCAAAUUCGAUAUGGGCGGCCUGCUCAAUUGAUUGUAUUUGCACUUGCUGUUCUCAUAAUAUUUGUGUUUGUAUUCAAGACAAUAUGGUGAGAAAUUUGCAUGGGCUCGUGAUUGGGUUAGAAAAGCCCCACCAGAUCAGCAUAAAUUGCAUGUGGACAGGAGUGACCAUGCACAUAUGGGAAGUUGGGAACCAUGGCAGACUGUUUCUGGUAAUCCACAUUGAAACAAAUGAAGAAUGAUUGUGGAGCAAUUCACCACGCUACGUCUGUAACUCAGUGGCUUUGCCAUUGGAUAUGCACUGGACGGUGGACGGUCUGUGCGGCAUGGUGUAUCUCAAGAUCUCAGUUCUCACAGUGACCAGUUGGCUUGUGCUUAAUGGUAUGCCCUGAACUUCAAAUUAGGGUCAUGCUGCACUAGUGGUGAUGCAGGUGCAGCUAGCAACAGGAAUGCGACUGGGAGUGCCGACUGGUGAUUGUGCUAUCGCCUAUGGGGCCUUACUUGAGAUUUGAGAAGGCUUCCCUUUGGUUAUUUUAUUGAACCUGUGAUAAUUGGUUCCAGAUACAAAUAGAGAUUUGUUCUCAAGUGCUGUAGAAGAGGCUGGAAUAGUUGUACCGGGAUCUGCUUGAACUGUAAUAAUACCUAAACAACAGAGUUAGAGGCUUGGCGAUCCUGUUUGGUCUGUGGCUGAAUUUAUAAUCUGAAGUUCAAAUUUCACAGGUGCUAAUAGGCUUUUGAUAAUUCUACAGAGUUGCAUCUUUGAGAAGUUUUACCACCCAUAAAAAGCCAUAAACUGGUUUGUAACUGGCAUCUCUAGCUCCUGAUUAUUAUCCACGGAUGCCUUCUGUUGCUAAUAAACCAGCCCUGUUGACUGAGUUAACUGAAUUCUCUCUUCCCAUAUUUUUUUCUUUGAAAGAGAGGUUUUUUGUUUGUUAAGCUGCUGCAACCAGGAGCAGAUGUCAAACCUUUUGAUGUGCACUCAAGCACAUUAAAUAAACUUGUGGUUAAUCAUUUCCCGCACUUCACUUUGCUUUGUAUGCUUGUGGGCUUUCUAAUUAGAUUAUUGCCUAGCUUACUUUGCUUUGAGAUUGCUUGCCAUAUAGGUUGUUUUCAUCUAGUUCCAUAUCAAGAUAACCUACUUUAUUCAUAAAUCCUAAAAAUUGAUAAUUAAACUUAAAAUUGUUAGUCUUUUAUUCACCCACCCUUUCGGUCGUAUAGAUACUUUCAUAUAGUACACGACAAAUACAUUGUACGUACAGUGACAAAGGCCAUAUCUCGUCAUGUCUCAAGGUGGACCGGUCCAACUCGGUGAUUCCCAUCCCUUAUGUACUAUUGGGUUAGUAUCUCUAUGCCCACAACUUGUGAAACAUAGUCAUCAACCGAAUAGUAUACUAGUCAAAGGAUAUAUGUCUGUAUAACCUUGUCACUUAAGGACUAUUAGACUAAUCAUCAUAAAAUAUAUAAUCUCAUAAACAAGUCACAUGCUCAUUGGUACAUAUCAGUGAUGAUGUUUAAGGACAAUAGAAAUAAUUCAUGAAUACAUAUAAGGAAAUAACAUCAUCAUGAUUGCCUCUAGGGCAUGUCUCUUGUAGGGCUCUUCUCGUCGCGGAUCCGCCACUCAAGCUCUAGGCCAGCUGCGCCGCCGAGACUCGCCCUCCUUUGGUUGUGGGGCCGCGGACUCUUCCAGCAGCUGGAGUGCAGCCUCCUCGACUAUUGGGUUCCUGACCUCCUUUGUCUCCUGGCCGCAUGUCUUUAAUCAUCAUCGGAGCCAGCCCUCUCCUAGUCAUGAGCCCCCGGCGAGGUCACCGUCUUCCUGGUCUGGUGCCUAUGCUCGACGGCUAACUGCUAGGUGGUCCACCUGAACAACACAUGGUUGUUUCGCUUCCUGAUCGUGCCGACGCCGGCAAACCACUUGAGCGGCGGAUUGUGGUGCCCAUCGAAGGGUCUUCGUGAGUGUUCCUCGCUCCAGAUCCAGUGGUGGCUGUCGGUGGGCUGCACUGGCGAGGUUGCGGGAUGUAGCUGGGAGGCUCCUUUGUGGGUUUUGGCGGCUCUUACUCCGACCAAUUUGCAUUCGACAGUGAGAUGAAUUCUAUGGAUGGCAACUUCAUGCAGAGGGUUGGUUGUGCAAUGGCGGUGGUGACACCGUCACGUCAUGACUGUCCUACGUUUGAAGUUGUUGGGAUCGCGAAAAGUAGUGGCAAACAACACAUGAUUGACUUUGAUUUGGUGAUGCUUUUCGUGUACCCGGUCCCAAGCUCCGGGGUGAAAACCCAGUCUGACCCGUGUUGGUUAUACCUGGCAAUAGCAAUCUUUUUUGCGUCGUUACCUUAUUGAAGGCAUUGUUCGGAUAUGCUCGGACUUGUUCUUCAGAACGAAAACUUAUGAUCUUGACUUUGGUGGUUGGAUCCGGUGACGAUGACGCUCGACCGUUGUACCAUUUCAAAAGGUGUUGUUGUUGAAGAACCGUUCUCAUGAUUCUUGUGGCGUCAAGAGAUGGUUGAUGUGGACAUGGUCAUUGUUGUAGUUUAUGAACCGCUUAGUUUUCCGUCGCUUUGGCAUAACUUUGAUAUUGUACGACUUUAUUCUAUGCUGGCGUAUUUUUUCACUUUUAUGUUGGGGUGUUGGCUUAGAUGUGUGCAUCCUAUUUAUGGGUAUAGAGUUUGUAUACCCUGAUCAAUAAAUCCACCGUUUAUCUCGGGAAAAACAAUCAAUUCUACUUCGACCAUUGUAGCAUCUGACUUCCUCUCCCCGGUCCUAAGGCUUCAUUUCGCCCCCACCCAGAAAACACCCUCGCUCUCCACCCUCACCUUACACCGGCGGGAGAGGAGCGUGCUUCUCCGCUCGCUGAAAUCUCGCGGCUCCUGCUGGUUGAUGUUCUGCUCCGGGUCUGGCACAGCAAGAGGCCAGAGGGGGGAGGCCGGUGGUAGGUAGGCUUCUGCUUCUCCGUCGUCCUCGGGGUCGAGCAGAUUCUCUUGGCCGGUGUGCUGCUCUGAUGCCGUCUUCCCCGUGCGAACUCAACACUGCACAGUAAACUACAAUAGAGAUGGACACUGAGAAUGGUUUUCUUGCUGCUAAGCUAACUGAUGAUCUAGUGGUGGAGAUCCUCUCCCGGCUGCCGUUCAAGUCUUUUUGCCGCUUCAAAUGUGUCUGCAAGGCCUGGCUUGCCUUCUCCUCUAAUCCAGAUUACUGCAAGGAGCUUUUGAAAAUUCCGAUGGGUCUUCUAUAUCAACACCGUUAUGAUGAAUUUGAUAAUGAUUUCGAUGACUCUGCUAUCAAGCUUGCUAGCCUGCCCCACAAUGACAAGGAAUUUGAUGAAGCUCUUAGUUUCCUACCACAAUAUGAGCAGUUAGAGCUGCUGGACUCUUGCAAUGGCCUGGUCCUUUGUAAGUACAAGAGCAGCUGUACUCCUUUUGGUAUUUGCCGCUUUAUCGUGUGCAAUCCGGCAACACGAGAGUGGAAGGUGCUCCCUGAUACUCCUCCUAGCGAUUAUAAACCUUUUUGCAAUGUGAGUUUUCUGGCUUUUAGCCCAUCAUGGUCGACAAAGUUCUACAUCUUCAACUCUCAGCGGCCGAGCACCCGCUAUUGGGUAUUUGGCCCCGUCAAAUUUGAGGUGUUCUUGUCUGACCUUAACACUUGGUUUCUGUAUGAUACAUCAGUGCUCUUUGAGGCAAAAGUUUCUCGACCACACAUGUUUAUAGAUGGAGCAUUGUAUGUGCACACAGGUUUGCAUGACAUUCUGGUCCUGGAGGAAACUAGUUCUGGCAUUCCGCCGUCUCUUCGGACUAUUAAGUUGCCGCAUGAAGAUGGUGCCUUUAUGGGUAGGUUUGGCCAAUGUUGCUUUGGCCAAUCUUCGGGGGCCUUGCACUAUGCAUUGCCAGAGGAGGAUGCUCGUACGAUUCUUGUUUGGAGUCUUGAUGUUGAUGAGCCUUAUGAGUGGAGCCUCAAGUACCGCCUCAAUAUGAGCCAAGCAUUCGGAAGGGACAACCUUUGUCAGCAUGGUGCACCCCACUGGAAAUCCGACUAUGCUGUCGUCUCUCUUGACCUGGAGAGAGAUGGUCUUUUCCUGAUUGACAAACGGGAGGACAAGAUCCGUUUGUACAAAAUUAGCACCGGUGGACUUACUCACAUUCAACCAGAAGACCACCGCUCCCGCUUUUUGAAUAACAAGUACUAUCAUUAUGUGGCAUCCUACUCAAAGCUCCCAGCUUUAACCAUGUAGUCGGUACCAUCUUUGUUUGGCUUUUGAGCGUGACACCUCUUUAUAUAUGCUGUCAAAAAAUGCAGAGGCAGUUCUUCUCUCAGUUAAUUGCUAUUUAUGGACUGUAAUCUAGGACCAUUUUUUGUUUUCUUGAACCUAUUCCGUUUGAGUACCAAAUAUUAAUGAGGUUAGCUCUAUUCUGUCGUCAUGUAAAUAAACUGAUUGUAGCAGAAGCUGCAUGUAAGCUGGGAGCCCUAUGUAUUCUGCCCUAGCCAUCUCUCUGCAAAUACAGUUCCUGAAAUUUCCCAGGGAAGAUGCUGAAUUUCUUGGAAAUACU